AUGCCGGCAGCUGACGAGUAUGCCGUGAACACAGAUUUGGAAGGGCAGAUCGAGCAUGUGAGGGAGAAGGGUGAGCUGUCGGAAGCACAGUGCAGAUCCUUAUGUGAGAAAGUCAGAGAGAUUCUUCAGGAGGAGUCGAACUGCCAGCCAGUGCGCUGUCCUGUGACCGUCUGCGGAGACAUUCACGGCCAAUUCCUAGACUUGAAGGAGCUCUUCCGAAUUGGCGGUCCGCUUCCAGAGACCAACUACUUGUUCCUGGGUGAUUACGUGGACCGUGGCUACUACUCCGUGAAGACGGUAUCGCUCAUGUUCCUCUACAAAGUCCGCUUUAAGGAACGAAUCACUAUUCUCCGUGGCAACCAUGAGAGUCGCCAAAUCACGCAGGUUUAUGGCUUCUUUGACGAGUGUGUUCGAGCGUAUCGCGGCCCACAGGUUUGGAAGCUGUUCACGGACUCCUUUGACUACUUGCCGGUCACAGCCGUGAUUGAAAAUCAGAUUAUUUGCAUGCACGGGGGCAUCUCGCCUUCGCUUGACUCCUUGGACAACAUCCGCCAGCUGGACCGUAUCCAAGAGGUGCCUCAUGAAGGCCCCAUGUGCGACCUCUUAUGGUCGGAUCCCGAUGAUCGAUGUGGCUGGGGCAUCUCGCCUCGGGGUGCUGGCUACACUUUUGGGCAGGACAUCUCGGAGCAGUUCAACCACGCAAAUGGCCUAAAGCUGAUUGCGCGGGCACACCAGUUGGUUAUGGAGGGCUACAACUGGUGCCACGACAGGCACGUGGUGACAAUCUUCUCAGCACCCAACUACUGCUACAGGUGCGGAAAUCAAGCAGCCGUCAUGGAGAUUGAUGAGCAUCUGAAGUACACCUUUUUGCAGUUCGACCCUCCUCCAGUGCAGAAGGAGAUUCCUGCCGAGGGAGUGAAGCGCACUCCAGACUACUUCCUUUGUGCCCUUGCAGGAGCUGUCCACUGCGUCACGACGCAAGGCUUCGUGGACCUGGGCAAGCUCGUAGCUUUCCUAAACCAGGAGCCAGCUGUCCUCACACCUCCCGGGGGUGGGGUGCCUUUCGAGUUUAAAGGAGGCACCCUUGAGUUCCGAGAUGUUCACUACUCCUAUGCGUCGAGCACGGUUCUUGCUGGAUCCUGCUUGGCCGUCCCAUCAGGCACCAAGAUGGCCAUUGUUGGGCCUUCAGGAUCUGGCAAGAGCACCUUGCUGCGCUUGCUCUACAGAUUAGUCGAUCCCCAGCAAGGGCAGGUGUUGAUCGACGGCCAAGACUUGAAACUUCUGGAUGUGCUCACCUUCCGGCGCCACCUUGGCAUCGUGCCACAGGAUUGCACGCUGUUCAACGAUACGAUCAGUUUCAAUAUCCGCUACGGAAGGCCCGAUGCCACGGAUGCCGAGGUAGAGCGUGCAGCAGAGCUGGCGCAGAUCCACCAGCAGAUCCGAUCCCUACCCGAAGGCUACAAAACGUCAGUGGGUGAACGCGGAAUGAAGCUGAGUGGCGGAGAGCGGCAGCGCAUUGGCAUUGCCAGGUGCUUGUUGGCAGACCCGUCUGUUGUGCUACUGGACGAGGCGACCUCAGCCCUUGAUGUUCGCACUGAGCGGGCACUGACAGCUGCGAUGGAUGAGCUCAUGAAAGGACGCACCUGCUUGGUCGUGGCGCACAGGCUAUCCACAGUGCAGCGAUGCGAUUCCGUGGCUUUCCUUGAGGCGCUUGCUCGGGUGGAGUCAUCCGUGAGCAAGGUCCUCACAAGGCAUGUCUGGUGGCAUCGUGAUUUUCCCAGCUUUGUACUGUCGCGUCAGCAGGAGCUCCUGCGAAGGAGCGAGAAGUACCGAAGAUUCUGGGAAGGGGCGGCAGCCACAGAGUCUCUCGCAUGCCUGCUGCCCGCAAUCAUUGGCUGUCAGGCAGAGUGCUCCACAUCGCUGGAUGCCGGCUGGAGCCCGCUGGUAAGAGAGCCUAGACCCAAAGCACAGCUUGCUGAUCUCAUUGGUCUGGAGGAAGCAAAGGCGGUCUUGCGGGAGGCUGUCACGUUGCCGCUGCAACUGGUGGACGUUGGGAUCUUCUGGCGCUCCGCUGAGCGGAGUGCAGUCCUGCUCUCCGGCCCGGAGGGAAUUGGAAAGAGAGCCGCAGCGGAAGCUGCAGCCGCGCUGGCUGGUGGCCAGGUCUUGCAUCUGACAGCAGCCGAUGCUGUCACUGGAGCCUUCUGCAGGACAGCGAUGUCCAAAGCACUUGCCGCCCAGAAGCCAGUCCUCAUUCUAGUUGAGGGCCUGGAGUUAGCGCCCGAAGCCGCAAUGUCCAUCCGGCGCUGCCUCGGAGAGGUGGCCAGGACAGAAGCUUCGCCCCGAGUUGCCUGCGUGGCAACUGCGGGCUCAGACCCAAGCCGUUUCCUGCAAGCGAUAGAGCUCUUUCCUUUCGGAUACACCGUGCGCAUACAGCCGCCCAGUCAGGCUGAGCGCAAGCAAUUUCUCCUGAAGCUGUUGGCGCAGGUCUCCAGAUCUGACGCACACUGGGGCUCAGCUCUGCGGGAAGCCGCGGUUGACACCCUGGCAAAUCUUACUGCCAACUAUACCUUUGCAGAGAUAGACUUCGUGGUGCGUCGAGCGUUCCUGCGGAGUACGCAAGAUGAGGGCUCGCGAGAUCCAGUUGCCCUACAUCACUUUGAGAAGAUAUUGGCGGAAACUCCAGCGCAGAGCUUCAAAGCCUACGAGCAAGGCCUGUCUGGCCGCAAGGUUCCCACCUUGGAGGUGGCUGGCGAUGAGCCGGAGCCCCCAAAGAAGGGCUCAGAUGGCAAGAAGAAGAAGAGGGAGGGCGGCAAAGAUCCGAUGGAGAGCAUCUUCGGGUGGUGCAACUUCUGGCUGCCUGAACAAUUCCAUCUGCCGCCAGUUGUGUGGGCUAUGGUUCUCUUUGGUAUCAUGGCCCACCUGAUGGCCAGAACCACGUACCAGCCGUACAACAAUCGUCGGCGACGCGGUGGUCCCGAAAGAGGUGGCCGCAGCUCGCUUUUUGGCGACAUGAGCGCAGGGAAUCCGUAUGGAUCUCUGGGAGAAGGAAUCGGAGAGUGGCCACUGGGUGGGAUGGGAGGAAUGCCUGGAAUGGCCGGCAUGGCUGGCAUGCCUGGCAUGCCAGGCAUGGGAGGUCUCGGUGGCUUUCCGACGCCACCUGGAUUUCCUGGACCGCCCCUCAGCUUUGUGCAACGCAUCACCGCAACAUUUAAGCUACUCGUAUUUUCUCUAUGGACACCUCUUUGCGUUGUGGUGUGCUCUUCAACCAGCUUGUUGACUUGCGUGACAAGACAGCAUUUCUGA